AGUGUUAUUAUUACCCAUUAUGGUAAUCUGGGAAAAUGGCGAUGCGGUUAGUUUAUAUGGGAUCUCUACCAACUUAUUUUAACGGUCCCGUCGGCUUGAAAGCGGCCUGGCGGGUAUACGUGGAAGAAUGCGAAUCAUCCUGCCGGGAAGCUCACUUGCGAAUAAUAAUUUCAUGAUCGACAGGGCAGAAAAGGCAACAGAAGAAGAAGACACUGAAGAAAGUCACUAAGCAGGGGAAGGGAUUCGAACUCAGAUUGGAAGCCAGAAUGCGGUUUCCGGAGGUGUUUUCAGGGCGUAGGGUGCGGCAGGUGCAGAAGGCGUUUCACAAUGCCAAGGUGACGCUGUUGUGUUUGUUUGUCACUGUAAUGGUGUUGAGGGGCACCAUUGGAGCGGGCAAAUUCGGGACGCCAGGGCAAGAUCUUGCAGAGAUCCGUGAGCAUCUCAUUGUGGGUCGCCGUGGGGAGCCGCAUCGGGUGCUCACAGAGGCGGCCAUUAAUGAAGGGGGAGGGAAAGCUGAGGCUGGUGGUGUAGUGGAAGAGGAAGAGGAGCCGGAGGAGCCUGAGGUGGAGAGGGAUCCCAAUGGCCCGCUUUACAGCCUGGGGCCUAAGAUCUCUGAUUGGGACGAGCAGCGGAGCGAAUGGCUGAAGAAAAACCCCGGGUUCCCCAACUUUUUGCCCAAUGGACGGCCGCGCAUUUUGCUGGUUACAGGGUCGGCCCCCAAGGCGUGUGAGAAUCCAGUGGGAGAUCAUCUCUUGCUCAAGUCGAUUAAGAACAAGAUCGAUUAUUGCAGACUUCAUGGCAUUGAGAUUUUCUACAACAUGGCGCAUCUGGACUCGGAAAUGUCAGGGUUUUGGGCGAAGUUGCCCCUGAUCCGAAAGCUGAUGCUGUCGCACCCCGAGGUGGAGUUCAUCUGGUGGAUGGACAGUGACGCUAUGUUCACGGACAUGGCCUUCGAGCCCCCCUACGAGAGGUACAAGGACCAUAAUUUUGUAAUGCAUGGGUGGGAAGAGCUUGUCUACAACCGCAAGAACUGGAUCGGGCUCAACACGGGCUCCUUCCUGCUCCGCAACUGUCAGUGGUCACUGGACAUUUUGGAUGCGUGGGCGCCUAUGGGACCCAAGGGCAAGAUCCGCACAGAGGCCGGAAAGCUCCUUACAAACUAUCUCACUGGCCGCCCCGAGUUCGAGGCCGACGACCAGUCGGCCAUCGUUUACCUCCUCAUCACGCAGAGAGAGAAAUGGGGCAACAAGGUUUAUCUGGAGAGCGCCUAUUAUCUCCAUGGCUACUGGGGCAUUCUCGUCGAUAAGUAUGAGGAAAUGAUCGAGAAGUACCAUCCCGGCCUCGGGGAUCACCGCUGGCCACUGGUUACUCACUUUGUGGGUUGCAAGCCCUGCGGCAAGUUUGGGGACUAUCCGGUAGAGCAAUGUCUUAAGCAGAUGGAGAGGGCCUACAAUUUUGGGGAUAAUCAGAUCUUGCAAAUAUAUGGUUUCACUCACAAGAAUCUCAGCAGCCGAAAGGUCAGGCAGACGCGCAACCAGACUGACAGGCCGCUGGAAGUCAAAGACGAGCUUGGAUUGUUGCAUCCACCCUUCAAGGCUGUGAAACUCUCAUCUUCAGAGUGAGCUCUUUUAGGGUUUUGUGCAGGUCUUUUUCACAUUUUCUCGUUGCGUUUUCUUGGGUGCCUAUACUAGGCAGAUCAGAUUAUCUAUUUUGUCAUUAUUGUUGGCUUGCAUGACAACAAUAGUACAGUAGCUUAGUAGAUUGUAAAGCAUUUUUUCUGAAGUAAUUUUAUUUAUAUGGCUGCUUCAAACUCGUCCUUAUUCCUAUGAUAAAAAUUGGAAUAAAUGUGUUUUAGAAGUUGUGUGAAGAUUAAAUGGUCUGCAGAUAUGUAACAGUAAAAUUAGCUACUAUUUAUCUGUGAUAAAGAUGGAAGCCAUUUCACACCA